AUGGACAUACACAACUCAACAGUAGCAACACUCGCAUCGCAGGUCGCCCGGUUCAGUGCCUCGAAAACCCCGUUUCGCAUAUAUCAUGGCUCUACGCUAUCAACCCGGAAAUCGUCCCGUGAUCGCAAUCAGAUUAUCGACGUUGGUUCCCUUAACCAUGUGCUAGAGUUUGAUGAGCUUCAGAAGACGGUUCUUGUGGAGCCGAACGUGCCGAUGGAUAAGCUUGUAGAAGCCACAAUGGCUAAAGGUUUCUUGCCAAAGGUCGUUAUGGAACUUCCGAACAUUACCGUGGGUGGUGGGUUUGCUGGUACCAGUGGCGAAAGCAGUUCAUACAAGUAUGGACUGUUUGACCGCACCAUCUCGGGCAUCGAGCUUAUCUUGGGUAACGGCGAGGUAGUAUGGGCAUCAGCAGAAGAGCAUCGCGAUCUGUUUUUCACAGCAGCGGGGAGUUGCGGCAGCUUGGGCGUCAUUACCCUGCUCAAAAUGGAGCUUAUUGAUGCUUGUCGGUAUGUUGAGUUGGAGUACAUCCCAGUCGGCUCAACGAACGAAGCCGUCAAACAGUUGCGACACUAUCAAAAUGACCUGGAGGUUGACUACAUGGACGGUAUCCUGUAUUCGAUGACGAGCGGAGUAAUCAUGAUCGGCCGCUUGACCGACGCCCCAAUGGAUAGGAAAAUCCAGAGUUUCGACAAAGCGACAGAUCCUUGGCUAUAUAUGCACGCGGAAGAAAUACUGAAGCGGACACAGAGCGAGAAGACUACAUACAGGGAACUAGUGCCUGUUCAAUCUUAUCUCUUCCGCUACGACCGAGGUGUCUUUUGGUCAGGACUACGCGCAUUCAAGUACUUCGUAACGCCUUUCAAUCGUGUUACGCGCUUCUUGCUGGAUCCCUUCAUGUAUUCGCGGACAAUGGUACAUGCCCUACAUCGAUCGGGCCUCGCCUCCCGAACAAUCAUUCAGGACUAUGGUGUACCAUAUGACGCAGCAGACGAGUUUGUUAGAUGGACCGACGAAAGGACGGGCAUUUGGCCGCUCUGGCUGUGUCCGGUGAAAUCAGCACCUCUCGGGGAGCGAAGCUUCUCCCAAGGCAACAAUGUCAAGGACGACAUUCUGCUUGACGUGGGGAUAUGGGACAUGGGACCAAGCGACGCUCACGCAUUCAUCAAGCUGAACAGGGAUUUUGAAGCCAAAGUCACCGAGUUAGGCGGCAUGAAAUGUCUGUAUGCGCAUGCGUACUACACGGAGCAAGAGUUCUGGGACAUCUACGACGAGAAGAAGUACAUGGAGCUACGGAGAAAGUACCAUGCCGAGAGCUUGCCAAGUGUCUACGACAAAGUGAAAGUUGAUCUGCAAGGCGUUGCUGGGGGAGCAAGCGUGAGGAAGACGGAAACGUGGAAUGACUGGGCAUACCGGCAAUUUUGGGAUACAUGGCCUCUGGGAGGGUUGUACGGAGUUGCAAGCGCAACGAAGGGGUUGUUUUUCGAGAGUGACUUCCUGUUGAAGAAGUAA